UCGAACCGGGGAACACGCAUGAUAAACUGUUAAAAAAAACAACACGCGUAAUAUUAAAAAUAGCAUUAGGCUUAUUCGUAACAAAAAAAAAACGUAGCGUAAAAUGUUUUAUAACGGACGCUAAUAAAUUUAGUAUGUACCCGGUUGAUAAUUACAAAAAUGGACUGAAGUUUGUUAAGAAUUUAGAUCACAACAUUAUGUUGAAGACUAUACAGAACUUGUGCUACAAUAAGACUUCCAAUUUCAACAUGACGUCACCGUUCUUGGUCGACAACAUACUGCAUCAGCAGAAAAGCGAUUUCCAGAGCCAGUAUUUAAAUCAGCAGCUGGAGAACUACGUGCUGCAGCGUCAGAGCUAUUCCCGGGAGGAUUCGCCGGACGCGGACGAGCCGAAAUGCGACGCGGACGAUGAGAACCGGGAGGAUUGCGCAGAAGAAAACAAAAUCGAACUGGACGAGGACUCGAAAAGUAACGACGAAUGUUAUACAAACGUUAAAAAUGAGUUUUACAAUAACGAUUACUACAACCAGGAGCCCAGGGCCGAGAAGGAGGUUCUAUCAGUCCCGAGUCUGGCCAGACGCUGCCACGUAUGCGGUUCAGACUGCCCGCCAUUCGCGUGCAGGAAAUCUGGUAUAAGACGCUUGGAGGAACUAGAGAAGCGGUUCAAUUUGAACAGUUACAACGAGAAUUCUGGCGACGAAGCUGACAAAGAGAAGAGUUACAACACCGAGGAGAUGGUCCGCGGCUGCGAGGAGUACAGCAGUGAGCAGAAGAAGCCCUUAUUGAAAUUCAGUGUUAGUGCUAUUCUGGGUGAUCGCGGGGAAGGCAUCGGAAAAAAUAGCAGCAUCGGCGAUUACCGCCAGCCGAUGAUGGGGAACCCCUGGCCGAUCGCGAAGCCCAUCGCCAGCCGACCGGUUCCAGUACAACACCAGCAUCUGCAGCACCUCCUAGCGCACUGCCACCAUCCCUACUUGGCCGUGAGACCGGCACAGGCCCACACCCAAGUGUUUCCCCUGCCGGGGGGCUUCCCCUGGGCCCACAGUUCUAGAGGCAAGCCUCGUCGCGGCAUGAUGAGGCGGGCAGUGUUCUCGGACCUCCAACGUAAGGGUCUGGAGAAACGCUUCCAGGUGCAGAAGUACAUCUCGAAGCCGGACAGGAAGAAGUUGGCCGAAAAACUAGGUCUCAAAGACAGCCAGGUCAAAAUCUGGUUCCAAAACCGACGCAUGAAAUGGCGGAACUCGAAAGAGCGGGAACUGCUCGCGUCCGGCGGCUCCCGGGAACAAACUUUGCCCAACAAGAACAAUCCCCACCCCGACCUGUCGGACGCGGAGGCUGACAAACAGAAGCUGUCUCCUCUAUCGCCUAUAAACGACGAGCAAAACGAAGAGAAGUCGAAAGUAUACCCGACCACAUCCGAGUUUCAGGGAUACGAAGCCAAGAUGAGCGCCGGAGUGCUAUUCGCGCGGGAGUUUCCCAAUAUCGAGGACGCGGAGGAGUUCGACAGCGACGCCAGCGCCUCCGACGAGGAAAUUAACGUGACCUGACUUGUUUCGGUACAUAUAUAAACCCUUAUCGGGAUUUUUCGUUUCGUAAUGUUGGCUAAGCACAACCAUUUUGGCUCGUCGAGACAAAGCCGCUGCUAGCACCAGCCGACAAGGAAUAGUUUUUAUGAUCUCCGAAUGCACAGGAUUUUUCGUUUCGUAAUGUUGGCUAAACGCAGUCAUAUUGGCCGGUAGCAAUACCUGCACAAAGCCGCUGCUAGCACCAGCCGACAAGAAAUAGUUUUCACGAUCUCCGAAUGAACGGGAUUUUUCGUUUCGUCAUCUUGGCUAAGCAUGGCCAUUUUGACCCAUCGUGAUACCUGCACAAAGGCGCUGUUAGCACCAGCCGGCAUAGAAUAGCUUUUAUGAUCUCAGAAUGCCAAUUGCUUCGGUUACAUAGCGAAGCUUAACGUAAAGUUGUUUUCGGUAACUGACUCCAAGGUGGUAUCCACUGUAUGUAAUAUAAUUAAUAAUAAUUAUUAUAAUAAUUACAACGAAAUCGUUCACAAUGACAACAAUAAAGUUAAAUCUAGCAACGUGUCUAUUAGUAAACCGAUGGAUGACAGGUAGACUAAAUCACAGAUACUUAAAAACACUGAAGUAAGAAACCUAAUAGGUCUAUGCUUAAAAAUCAAAGGUUAAUGUUACAUCUGUUAAUUUCUGUAUUCUGUGAAGUAUCAAGUUAGUGCGCCCUUGUGUGAUGGUACGCCGAUGAUGCAGGACAAAAAUUGGGAAUGUAUUUACUUGGAACCUUUUAUUUGAUUCUUAAAUAUUCAGGAAAUUUGGGUUCAGUCCUUACAGUGCGCUCUGUUGGGAAUUUACCAUCGCACCGGAAUGUAUACUUCUGUAUGUUCUGUAUAUUCAGUUCAUCUAUACUACCUGGAGCCACUACGUUCAUCCACAGUGCGUUUCCAGAGACCUGUUUUGCCACGUACCGUCCGGCUUUGGAAUGAGCUCCCCUCCACGGUAUUUCCCGAGCGCUAUGGCAUGUCUUUCUUCAAACGAGGCUUGUGGAGAGUAUUAAGCGGUAGGCAGCGGCUUGGCUCUGCCCCUGGCAUUGCUCAUAUCCAUGCUCGUUUACCUACAAGGCCAAUAAAACAAACAAAAAUGCAUGAAAUGUUAAUGAUUGAUUUCACUGCCGUUCUCUCGCGAGGUACUUUGUCUUGUAUCUGACUUAUGCCUUCAUAGGGCCCUGAAAUAUUUAUUUUAUUUAUUUAUUGCUUAGAUGGGUGGACGAGCUCACAGCUCACCUGGUGUUAAGUAGUUACUGGAAGCCAUUGACAUCUACAACGUAAAUGCCGCCACCCACUUUGAGAUAUGAGUUCUAAGGUCUCGGUAUAGUGACAACGGCUGCCCCGCCCUUCAAACCGAAACGCAUUACUACUUCACGGCAGAAAUAGGCAAGGUGGUGGUACCUACCCGUCCGGACUCACAAGAGGUCCUACCACCAGUAAACCUAGAAAGGCUACAACUGGGAAUAGAAGUGGUUGGUGGACCGGGAGACUGCAACUAGAAACGCCAAUAGGACCAAUAUAGGUGUGGAAGGCUUAAAGGACGAAGGGAAGAUCUUCCACCGGGCGGGUGAUAUAGCUCGGUAGACCAACGAUACCAAUGUUGUCAUUCGGAACUUGUAUAUAUGUACGCUUAUCUUGAAAACAUCGUAAGCGAGAUUCAGGCAUCUGUCAAAUAUCUUGCGUUGUUUGAUAGCCACAUAGGUAUAGGUGGAGAGAAAUAAUGAGCGAACUACAGUAAAAUCAGUAUGAAAUAAAAUGUUACAUAAUCUCUCGUGCCAAUGAUAAUUGAACAAAACCCUCACACACGCAUACAUUAAUAUUAUAUAUUACAUAGGAUUUCAAGAAAAAUAUAAAUGAUAUUUAUUAUUCGGGCGCGCUAUUAGUGGGUCGUGGUGUAAAUACAAAUUUUAGGAUAACACAUUAUCUGUAUAUAUAUGUUCCGAUGUAAUCUAGGAUGUAAGCGCAUAGGCAAAGCUAUCACGGUCUCGACACCAGAGCCAUAAAGACGGAUGUAUGUAUUGGAUAUAUGUUUAUUCUCACGGAUUCGUGUAAUAUUUAUUCGGUUUGUUCUUAGGGUCUGUUGGCGCCGUUGCGAUGAGAUGUUGGGUGCAAGGCUUAUACGAAUAAAAGUGGACUGUAUUUAAAGCUGGUUUAUUAAUCGGAUCAAAGUUAAUACAGUUUUACAGGACCGACAAUGAUUGUGUGUUUUUCGUUGAUGCACGUCGUUUUAUUCUUUCCCUCCACGCCUCUCUCCCGCUUCCGCCGCGGUGAGGAAAAUAGGGUUGCUAUGUUUCGAACAUGCUCCCCGGGUUGAAGAACUUCAAAUAUUGACUGGUAGCGGGCAUAUGUUGUUGUAAGCGCGUCGUAUAAGACCUUUCUUGGCCACACGUGGAACUCCAUCUCGUCCAGGACAAAGACGAACAAUGCGUCCGAGCAGCCACAUAAGAGGUGGUAGUCCCUUCUCCUUGAACUUUUAAGGUACAUUUUUAGAUGAAUUGCAGAACUCGUUAUACAGUGCAAAGUAUAAAUUAGUUACUAUCAAAAUAGAUAGAUUCUAUAGAUUAAAAUCUGAAAUGUUUAAUGUGAGAACUACAAAAUCACACCCGACUUUAUGGUUCCGCUAUCGAAAACUGUUUUCGAUAAAACGUAUUUAAUUGUAUUAUUUUAUGUGUAAUUGAAAUUAUAUUUGUAAUGUGUAAAUAAUCGGUUAUCUUAUAAUUCAACUAGUCUAGGUUAAUUUGGUGUAAGCGACAUUUUUGCAACUUUACAGGCGAGUCAUUUAGAGGUUAAAAUUUGGAAAAAAUAUCAUAACAAAAAAAAAUUCUUCAGCAAUUUUAAUGAAGUAAACUUAAUUGAAGUUCAAUUAAAAACAUCGAACGGUCGAUGUUUAUACCAAAUAAAACAACACAUCCUUUAAUUACAAAGAUAAAUGUCGCGGGUUAAGCGAAUAAUAAACCAAAUCGCAUUUCACCUCUCCAUAUGUACUUUAGAAUAAUAUUGACUCUGUUGAAGACAAGGUCCCAGCUAAAGUUCGCCGUCGUCGGCCUAAAGGAUAUGAGAGCCGGUGCUUUCGUAUGUAUUUUUUUUAAGCCUACCUAAGCUGAUAGUCUACACCUUAACUAGUAGGUGAGCUCACGGGGCUCAAACCUGACGUUGUUGCUAACACGGACCCUAGCCUUGCUUCUACCACCGGAUCGGAAACGCGACCCGCUGAGAAGGUCUGGCGAGAAACUCAGUGGGGUGUGUCUGUGGGCUAAUUCGCUCGCCGAGCCCUACGUCGCAAGCGACGGUUUCGACGAGGACGAUGACCAGUGCUUGGGGUCUUUCGUAUCGAUCAAUGCGACUGUGUCGGUCUUCGAAUUCCGGAAGCAAGAACCAAUUUCUAUGAUCACAUUUUCAUGAAACUGAAUUUUUAAGGUUUAAGGAGAUUCCUCAAUAAAGGGCAGUGCUAAUCUCUGUUUAAUAAGAAUAAAAAAUAAUUAAAUAAUAAUUGUAAAUACAAAAUUUAGGUAAAUUUAUAGAUUUGUUUUGCACUAAAUUGUUAAUUGUAAGUUUAAUUGAAGAUAAGUUGUGACGGAAAGUCAUCAAAAGACUUGAGUCUAAUGGUAAGGGAUGAUUUGGAGGUUCUACUGUCCUGACAGAGUAUGUAAAGCUCUCUGAAGCAGGAGAAUAGAAUAACCCUUAUUUCAUCACAGAUGGGACCUCACCGUCAUGUCUCAAGGUGGGGAGCUUCUUGUGGUAUCAGGAACUCACCCAUGCCAAUAAAAUGUAAAUGCUAAUAAAAAAAUUAUGUAUUGUAUGCUCAGUCUAAUUGUGUCAAAAUGUAAAUUAUGUAUGUGAAAAUAAAUUAUUAAAUCCAA